CUCCCGACCAGAGCGGACGUGCUGGCCGGUGCCUCGAAGUUAUCGUGUUUUAUUAUCAGUUUCACAUUGUGAUUACGCAGUUUUUCUCGAGCUGUCUAAUCUGAAAAUGUCGAGUGCAUCGCGAUUGGCAAUUGUUGGCAUAUUGCUGACAUUGGUUGCUGCUGCUGCUGGCAUCAAAUGUUGGCAAUGCGGCCAAUAUAGCGACGGAGUUGGGUCCAUAACACCCUGCAAUAACCGGAGUGCAGCAAGACUUAAUCAAUGUCCACCAGACGCAAAAUAUUGCAUCAAAUACGUGAGCGAACUGACCGUAGUCCGAGAUUGCGUGCCGACUUGCAGUGAAAAAGAAUGGUGGGGCGCGCGUACAUUCUGCUGUGACACGGACGAGUGUAAUGGCGCCUUCACACGGAGUCCCAUUAUCGCACUGAUCAUCACAGCGCUCGCGAUCGCGUUCGGACGCUGACCGCAUUAGUAAUGUAUACUAAAGUACAUUUUAAGUUGUCUUUCGUGAUUAUACAAUUAAUUUCCUUAGCGCAUUUAUUCAAUGUUUUAAUAAAAGUAUUCAUUCAAACGAAAUCAAUCAAUAAAAUAUGCACCUAAAAUUUCUUGAAUUUAAUGUUAAGUGUCAAGGAGUACAAGAUAUAACGACGAAUAUUUUUAUUAUAUUAAAAUUUUUCUUCAUUAAUGUUAAAAACGUUUGCUUAUCAUUAGGUGAACAUAAUUUUAUAUAAAAUUCAGUAUUUACAUUGAUUAGUAGAUUUAGAUAUUGAGCGUAGGAACUCCUGAGAUUUAAAUUAGAUACAUAGUUCCAGAUUAUAAUAAUAUUAUUUGUAUUUGAUUACACUAUAUUAAAUAUAUAUUAAAAGUAUUUAAAAUAUUGAUAGCAAGUAAACAAUAUACCAUUGUAAAAUUAUCCCUCAGGACUAAUCUUGGAACAAGGUCCUGAAGUUCUUGAUUCGCAGCAAAAUUUUAACGUGAUAACUUACUGGAAGUUUUCUUUUUAGGAAAAACAGUUUAACAGUUCAAGUCAAUGUCUUUCAAUAACGAAAUUAAGACUACAAAAAAUAAACACGAGGAAUGAAAUAAGAUAAAAUGAAAAAAUGCAUAUUUAUGAAAGAGAUUCUGUUUAAUUAAUGUAAUAAAUUUUAACGAAAUCAUUCUUGAGUGUGUUCUCCAGUUUCAUAUUAACGUGGAACAAUGAAAUCUGACAAAAUUAAAUAUCGAGUGUCCACAUAUUGAGUCACUAGAUGGUAUGGAAAACUUUAUGCAAAGUUUUUAAUUAACGACAAAUAAUAGGUAUAUUAAAUAUAUUAUUAUGUUUUUUUUAUAUGAAAUUAUAAACGUCAGUUAUUAGAAGAAUAUUCUAGAAUAACUCUAUACCUAAUGUUAUCUAUCGUUAAGUUGGAAACUAAGCGCAAAGUCAAUUAAGUCGGUAAGCCGACUUUCGAAAUUCAGAAAUCGAUUUUAACUCGGAAAAUUUUUAAAUCCACGCUUAGCUGUUUCUAAACUGUUUGAACUUUGAAUUUGAUUCAAACUUUGAUAAAUGAUAACUCAUUAAGAAUACCUUUAUCGAGUUGGAUUAUUUUAAAUUUAGAAUCAAUAAUAGUUGCAUUUAUUGAAUUAAAUAAAAAAAAAAUACGAUUACAUUUCGUAAAUAAUUUAUAUAUUCUUAUAAAAUUUGAAUUUCCAGUUAUAAAGUAUUAAAAUUUUCUCUAUUACAUUCAUAGUUAGAUGCAUAAUAAAUCCUUAACA